UCCACCUUCAAUUCUACCGUUAUUUGAACAUGACUUCACCUACUUAGCUACUUAAAAAGUUUUUUUCGCAUUUGCUCCACCUCUUGCAGCAAGCAGAGGAAACGUGAAAAUUACAUUGCAACGCAAGCAACUUCGCUAUGCCCCACUACUAGAAAUAGAAAUUGACAACAAGCUCUUCUGGACGUCGUACACGGUUUGUUGAUUUGUUUACGCACGACUACUUGUUCUUCAAUCAAACUCGAUUUCCCGGUGCUUCCACCCACUGAAAUGCUUUCUUUGGAAGACAGCCACAAGUAUGUUGCGAAGAUCGAAGGGCAGAUUAAAGACAAGCUGGAGCAAUGCGGGUCCUUGUCCGGGAAGAAAUUCGCCCGGCAGCGACAGGGGCUGCAGGACGAAAUUGCAAAGUUGAAAGACGGACCGCAAUACAAAGCGUGUCUGAAGCUCGUGCAGACAGAUGAAGCCAGUAAACCAGCCGCACCCGCCGCUCCAACAGGAGACGGAGCGGCCAAUGGCGCAGCUCUCGCGAACGGAAGUACGCCGUCUUCCAAGGAAGGGGCGUCGACGGCGGCGUCCAGUACGUCUGCCACGCCCGAUCUGCCAGAUGGGAAGACCAAACCCGCACCAGCGCCGGUGGUAAUAGAGGCUGGCUUGCAGGAGGUGGUGGAUAAGAUCCAAAAGAUCCUUGACACAGGCUCAAAGAAGGACUUGGAAGCCCUGGGACCCAUGGCGCGGUCCGUUUCCGAAAAGGAUCUGGUGCUCGCGAGCGCGGCGAAGAUAAAUACGGCACUAGCCACGAAAAAACCCCCACACGCGAUUCCGAACGCGAUUAGUGUCUGUGAGCAGCUUGCGUUUUGCACGUCGCUGAUGUCGACCGUAUAUCUGGACUUGCUAGCUCUAUCGCACGAAGGGAAGCUCGCGGCCCAAGUCACGAAGGUGUUGGAGGCAGUGCUGCAGUCGGGACGGGGAAACGCGUUGCCAGCAUUCUUGCCGGUAAUACUCGGCGCGAUUGAAAAGCCGCCAGGGUCGAAAUGGAAAGUCAAGGUAGGAGGUUUUCGGCUGUUUAUCUUUGUUUUUGAUUGUAGUAUAGCAAAUCCAGUCCCAAAAUUAUUUUGCACUGAAGCAGACCCUGUAGCAUCACAAAUAUAUUACUUCAACAGCUUGUCGCCCUUGAUCUUUGCGGGACCAUUCUCGAUCUUCUGCGCGAACACUGUCCCAAGCAGAUGGCGAGUUUUUUGCCCCAAAUCGUCCCUGUUCUGCGCGGGGCAGUCUCGGAAGUGCGCGGUGAAUUGAAAGAGCAGGGCACAAAGCUGUUGACCCGCGUCGGCGAGAUUGUCACAUGCCCGGAGAUCCGAACCAUGGCCCCGGCGUUGAUUUCCUGCCUGCUCGAUUUUGGCAACAUGAAGCUCGCAAACGAGACACUGUACAAAAUCGCGAACAUAUCCAAGAAAAAAAACUGUGUAAGUGUAACUUUGUCUUGCAGAAAAUGCAAAACUGUAUACACUUGUCAUGCUGGACAUACAUCAGAGGCUAUUUUCGUACGUGUUUUCAAGUACUAGCUGCUCCUAAGUACGCAUGCCAGGUUUUCUGUGUCGUGCAGAGCAAACCCAAACUUGUGAUGCUAUUCCUCAAGAAACUUAGACAGUUUUUUUCUUGCAUAGAACACCACGUUUCUCCACUACGUCGACGCAGCGUCCUUCGCCCUGCUCUUCCCAAUUGUCCACCGAGCCAUGAAGGAGAGACAGCACGUAUCCCACGAAAAAAGUGUUACAGUUACACAUUUGUAGUGAAUUCAGCAACACUAACACAAAUUUCUCUGCAUGAGCGAAAAAACUUGUAAUGCAGAAACCCAGACCCUGCUACGGGAAAUGAAAAGGAAAACACCUAUGCAACGAGGCUCCUAUGCAUAUCCGGCAUGACAGAGCUUGUCUGCCUUGCUCGGCCUACAACACAAUGUGUAACUGUAACACUUUUUUCUUGCGAUAGCACGAUGCGAAGAAAAACGGCAUCCAAAUCGUCGGCGCGUGCGUCAUCCUGAUCGAGCACCCAGAUGUUUUGAUGAGCUACCUGCCCGCGCUCUUGCCAACGGUAAGCUGCGAUUGAACGAAGUUUUUUGCCUUCUCAUUGCCAUUCAUGUUGCUCAUUCUUGCUACACAGCCAAGCUGCAAGUUCUUUCACUUUGCGUACACGGUCUAGAAUCAUGAAGCUGAUGAGCAUGAAAAAGAUACGCCAGUUAUUUCAAAAAAUUCCACAGCUGGAAGAACUCGCAGUGGACCCGACCUUUGAAAUUCAACGCGAGGCCGCGAAGGCCUUUGGAACGCUUUCCAAGCAUCUCCCGGAUCUCCUCCAAACGAGAAUUCUCCCGUGGCUUCUAAGCAAACUAGAGUCCAAUGACGCCGACCAGCAUCAGGCGCUGAACGACCGAACCGGCGCUGGGCACUCCCUGUCAGAGGUCUUGAACCAGGUGGCGCCGCUGUUUGCGCCGGUCUUCUACCACGUGUUGAUUCCAAGAUUACUCACGGGAAACCCGCGCCAGCGCGACGGCGCCCUGUGGGCGGUGUCGUUUCUCUGCAAAGCAGACAUUUUCGAAAGGUACGUCGACCAGGCCUGGUGUGUAUGCAUUGCAAAAGUAUCGUACUAGUAUAAAUUGCAUCACAAAUUUUGGCAACAAGAAAAUUCGAAUUUGUAAUGCUGUUUUACCUCAGGAAGGAGAUUGGUCAUGCAUAUUUGCAAUCAGUACGAGUGCGAUACUUUUGCACAGGAUAGUGCGCAGUGCUGAAAAACCUAACGCACGAGGACGCCAUGGUGAAUGAGAGGGCCUGUCAGGCGGGAAAAGACGUCAUUCAAGAGUAUUACUAAAUUUCCAUUUUCAACAUAAUUUUCAUUUUCAUUUCAUCUUUUCUCCAUCGUGAGCUCCCAGGACAGUUUCGUUUAUCACGUGCUGCUGCGUGCUGGAUACAACUUUAACUUUUUACAGGUUGUUGCGGUUGUGCAGUGAUUUCGCAAUGCUAAUGCCUUCACAAACCCUUACCCUUUCCCUUGCAGGUUUGGCGGCACCCGUUUCGCCGACCUGUUCCCCCCGCUCGCGGAGGCGGUGCUCACCUUCGAAUGCAUUGCAAAAGCGCGCGAGAUAUGCAUUGCAAAAGCAUCGUACUAGUAUAAAUUGCAUAACAAAUUGGCUUAGCAUUACAAAUUAAAUUUGUAAUGCGGAUUUGCCUUAAGAAAAAAAUUGUGAUGCAUAAACGCAAUUAGUACGAGUACGAUACUUUUGCACAGGAUACGAGAUGGCGAUGGACUUAGUCGCGGCGCAGGCGGAAAAGAUCGCGGAGAUGAAAAAGUACGGCCAAGACUACCUCUAUGGAUGUGUCAGGAUCGAAAUCGACAAAAUCGAAAAAUUUGUGAUGCGUAAAAUGUAGGGCACCGAAGGCCUGUAUUGGGGAGCAGGCAAAUGAGACCGAUUGCAAGCCUGUUUAGGGGUAUACAAUGUGCUGCCAGAGUAGCACGACAGGAGCAGUCUUCUUUGCCCAUACAGCAUGACAGACUGGAUUUGGGUGCUCCCGAAAUUUGUCACGCGCUACUUGGAAACUGAGGCUCGAACUGACAUCGAUUUUGUGCAUCAGAAAUUUUUCGAUUUUGUCAAUUUCGAUUCUGACACUUCCAUAACCUCUCCAUGACCUCCGCUUCGCUAAAAGUCCGCUACCAGCUCGUUUUACUGCUCCUGAUCGGUCGGGCCGACGAGGACCCGGCGGUGCGGCGGCAAUGCGGCCUGAUGUGGAAGGAGGGGAUCCAAUCCGGGCAGAAGGCGAAAAGGGAAACUUUGCCGGUGUUGAUGGCAACCUUGCAGGAAAUGCAGAAAAGCGCGAACGAAAACAAGAGAAACAGCGCGAAGCGGUGUCUCGCGGAAGUGCUGGACGAGGGGGAAGAGACGUCGGAAACUGCGAAGGAACUGCUGAACAGUGGGAAUUUGAAUCCGGUAUAGUAGAUGAAACGUAAAAGACAUACCACGUAGACAAGAAUAGGCACACCGGUUUUUUUCUCCGCGCAUUUAUGAGGCAAUCAGCACGAUACAAUUACAAAAGUAAAAGAACAUGAGCAUCACAACAAGAUGAACCAAAAAAUACAACAGGAAGACAACGUGUUCGUGGAUAUUCCCUGGGAUUCUUUGAACAGUCACAAAAUUCCCGACCCUGCCACCAUCCAGCAGAUUGACACCAUUCUUACCAAUCUCCCCCGACGCCCAACCCAGAUGUCCCUGGGCGAGCAAGCGGCGAAAGUACUGGAUGAAAACCUCGGCGCGUUUGACGAGCAACUUCUCCGCCCCUUUGCGAAGAGCUCCCUGCUCAGCUUCCUGCUGGAAAAUCUGUGCGUGGAGAAAAUCACCACCGCGCUGUCCACCGACCCGCUGUUCCAAUCCGGGAUGGUGAAACAGGAAGUCAUUGAAAAAGCGUUAGAAGGGUACGAGCAAGAUGCAAGUGAUGUUGACCACGGGGAGGAUUUGAUUUGCCGGGUGGACAACCUUAUGCUGAUGUACGGUGGCGGCCACUUGCUGUUAAAAGAUACAAUCUUCGAGUUGCGGAAAGGCCAAAGAUACGGCGUUGUGGGCCGGAACGGUGCGGGAAAGACGACGCUGAUGAACCUGAUCGCUUCCGGCGGUGUGUCGCAAAUCCCUGCGGAUCUCCAGUGCGUCCACGUGAAGCCGGAAGUGCUGCAGGACUUUUUGGAAGUGACGUGCGUGAAAUGGAUCAAGAACGAGCACCCCACGGCGAAAAAGGAGGAACUGGAGAAGUCCCUCGCCGCGGUCCACUUCCCGCCGGACAUGUGGAACGUCGCGAUUGGGGAGCUGUCCGGUGGGUGGCGGAUGCGGCUACUGAUCGCGAAUUCCAUGAUGAAACACGCCGACGUGUUGCUUCUCGACGAACCGACGAACCACUUGGACGUCACCGCUGUCCAGUGGUUGUGCGACUACCUCGUGUCGUUACAUAAGACUGCGAUCAUGGUCAUUUCGCACGACCCGCUGUUUUUGAACCGGGUCUGUACGAAAAUCAUCAACUACGCCAACGAAAAGUUGGUGUAUUACGAGGGGAAUUUCGACGCUUUCAAGGAAAAAUUGAACCUGAACGACGCGGACGCCGAGGAGCUGCUCGCGGGACAAAUCGAAGUGUCGGGCGGCGCCAACGGAACUGCGGUUGUGCAGCGGGAAGGGUCCCCGUCAACAGCGACGGGGGUAUCCCCAAUGACAACAGUGACAAAGCCUCUGGGUGGCGGAGGUACUUCUAGCUCUGAACCCCCGGCGUCCCAAGCUGCGGGAAACCGGGACGGCGGGGUGGAAUCGCCAUUAGUAGCUGGGGAAACUACGGACGAGGCACUGGCGAAAACCGCCUCCGUGCAGUCCUCCGCGAUGGCGAAGACGAGUUCGAUCGCGAGUGCGAUGUCCGAGGACAGCACGAGCACGACCGCAGCGCCGGACAGAAAAGCAAAAAUCGUGUUUCCGAUUCCCGGGAAAGUGCAGGGGCUGACCAGUCUGGCGAAGCCGGUCAUUGAGAUCAAGGAUUUGCGCUUCGCGUACAACACCGAGAAGGGAGAAGUGUUGAAGGGGAUUUCGCAGAAAGUCACCAUGAACUCCCGCGUCGCCAUCCGCGGGAAGAACGGGGCGGGGAAGUCCACGUUGAUGAAUUUGAUUUGCGGCGAGAUCCACGCGAACGCAUCGGCCGUGCCGCAGGCAGGCACGUGUGCAAAGCACCGCAACUGCCGGUUGGCGUACCUAGCGCAGCAUCACAUGUUCCACUUACAGGAAUUUUUGCAAACCACGCCCUACAUCUACAUCCAGAAGCGGUUUGCAAACGGCUACGAUCAGGCUUACCAAGACCGGUUGAAACUACCCAGGUAUUAUUAGAGCUUUUUGAAGUUGUUCUUUCUGUGCAACGAGCUUACCAUCGCGUAACCUCGGUUACACGAUGAUGUGAUGACUUGCGUGCUACGUAAUUGAGUUGGCCGUGCGAGAGACAGUAGAAACUCAAUUACAUGUUGUACGAACUUCAGAUCCCCUGAAGAGUUGGAGGACCGAAAAGAGCGCGCGCGUAAGCACGGAAAAUACGGGAACAUGGUGCAUGAUGUGGUUGGGAGGCAGAUGCGCGGAAAGGAGCCCUGGUACGAGAUCCGCUGGGAAAACUUGGACGAUGCCAAACAGAACACAUGGGAAAACUUAGAAAAGCUCCGGCUGCUCGGCAUCGAGGCGUACGCGCUAGCCUACGACGACCGGAUGGCGGCACAGACCGCGCAGAUUGACCAGCGACCAUUGUCAGCGCGGGAAAUUACAAAGCAUUUCGAACAAUUCGGUUUAACGGAGGAACUAGUAUUGAACAGGAACAUUGGAAUGUUUUCAGCAGGGCAGAAGUCGAAAGUUACGCUUGCCGCAGCGUUCUGGACCAAACCCCAUGUCAUCGCACUGGACGAACCGACAAACUACAUCGAUAUGGAGACGCUGGACUCUUUGACCUUGGCGCUGCAGCGGUUCAAGGGCGGCGUGAUUUGCAUUUCGCACAGCAACGAGUUCGUGAAAAAGGUGUGCACGGAACAGUGGAUGUUGGUGGACGGGCAGAUCACGCUUUCGAAGGGGAUCGAAGAUCUGGUCAUUGAUCCGGCCGUGGCGUAGAGAGGCUGGCGUGCUUUCCCUGUAAUGUGUUUGUGGUCGAUGUCGUCGACAUGACCACAACCUGAGCAUGAACAUGAUGAAGAUUUUACAGACACCUGUGCACGCAUUAUUUUCAGGAAGGAAACACAAAGGCUGUAUUGGAUGGAGGAAAUGAAAGUGUUGUGAUUGAUAAACUAGAACAAAAGAAACUGAGUGCGAAGAAGUGCGCGACUGAAAAAGCUGCAAGCUCGGCCAAAAAAAUUGCGAGGAGCUUCUAUCUUGUGUGUUCUCUACCCCAAGCGCACAGCAAUGCUUAAUAUCCCGAUCAUUUCCAGC